AUGACACUCGAAAGCGACGCAGUAGCAGGAGCGACUAUUGAACUCCUCGAGGCGCGCCUGCGCCGCCUCACCUACCUCCUCACCGGCGCCACAGACUGGACAGGCGUCCCAACCGCGCCCGAGAAACCCACAUCACUCGACGAGACAGUCUCCCGCAAACUCGCGCGUCUAGAAAGGGAACUGGAAAGACUGAGCCGGAGCGUUCCAGCUGUGCGAGAUGUCCUCCAACUCCACGACCAAAACCCAGACCUCUUCCAAAAAACCCCAACAACCGAAAUCCCCCAAGGCCUAACAGCCCAAACCCUCACCUCAAUAAUCCUCUCCUACGCAACCGCCUUCCCAGAAACCGCCUCGCGCCUCACGUCCCUAAACGACCUCCCCAUCCCAGACGCAGCAAGCUCCGCCGCCCUCAUCGAGCUACAGCCGCAGCUGGACCGGCUUGCGCGGACGCAGGCUGAGCAGGCGGCUACGAUCUCCGAGUUGCGGACAUCUUUCAUGGUCACUCCAUCAACUCCCUCGUUCCACAAGCCCCCGAAUACACACAAGAUGGGCAAAUUCCGCCCCAGCAACAUCCUUGGCGAUCCAUUCGCCCUCGCCACCAUCUCCAUCUCCAUCCUGGCAUGGCUGAUCGCAUUCGUUUCAUCGAUUAUUGCCGAUGUGCAAAAUACCAAGUAUCCCAACUACUCAUGGUGGGCCAAUAGUUAUAUGUUCUGUGUCAUCAUUGGUCUGAUUGUGACCUUUGGCACCGACACUGGCCACGUCUACGGCGUCGCGAUCGUGGGAUAUCUUGGCUGUGGCCUUGUUCUGACUUCGCUGAGCGCAAACAACACCAUCUACGAAUCCCAAGGCUCAAUGCAAGCUGCGGGCGCCGGUUUCAUCCUGCUCUCCAUGGUCAUCAUCGUCUGGAUCUUCUACUUCGGCUCCACGCCUCAAGCCUCGCACCGCGGAUUCAUCGACUCAUUCGCCCUCAACAAGGAGCAGCCCCCAGAGCCAUCCUACCGCGGCAGCCGGCCCAUGUCCAGCGCAUUCGGCGCCCGCCCGGAGACCGUGGCCACCAGCAACACCCCGCAGAUGUACACCUCAGCCCAACUAGGUGGCUUUGAGACCUCUUCCCCCGUUUCCGGCUACCCCGGUGGUGCGCCCGGCGCUGAACGAAACUCCUCUGCGCCUCGUUUCGGCACCCCAAGCGGUGCCCCUGGCAAUGGCGAACAAGAAACUGGCGAAGUGCCCCAGCCGACCGAUUACCCCUACCGCGCGAAAGCAAUCUACUCGUACGAUGCCAACCCGGAAGAUGCGAACGAGAUCAGUUUCGCCAAGCACGAGAUCCUCGAGGUAUCGGAUGUCAGCGGCCGAUGGUGGCAGGCUCGGAAAUCCAACGGAGACACCGGCAUUGCACCCUCCAACUACUUGAUCCUUCUGUGA